ACUGAAUCAGGGACUUUGGCUGGACCAUGCGACAGUAACAUGUUCUCAGCACUGGAAAAAGAGCUAAAGCCGGAGACCCGGUCUGACCCCUACGAAGACUUCAUGUUCCAUCACCUCCGCUACUAUGGCUACUUUAAAGAUCAGAAACGCAGUUUGCCAAACUCUACAAGGAAUCAGCCUGUUUGGAAGAACAAUUCUCGACACCUCUUGAAUAGUUCUUUAGGAGAAGGAAGUGACUUGAUAUCAUCAGACCACCUGAGAAAGGAGCCACUGCUUUAUUUCCUUACGCUGAGCUCACGGCAUCUUAAAAGCAAACAGCUUCUUUAUAAUGAGUUUGGAGAAGUAAUCCCUCGUCUCCGAGAACCCCGAGAUCUCUUUGGCCUUUUCUCUAGCGAUGGCCCACUGCAGGCUCCAAGAUGGCCAGUAGAAUGUGAAGUCAUCAAGGAAAAUAUCCAUCAUAUUGAAUGGGUUCCACCUCAUCCAGAAUAUUUCUAUCAACCUACAGGAAAUGAAAGGUUACCAGAAAUUGUAGGAGAAGAAAAAGGCACAGUUGUCUAUCAAUUAGAUUCAGUGCCCAUGGAAGAUGCCUACUUUACCAACUCCAGAGUGGGAGGGAAACGAGGAAUCAUCAAGAAACUGGCAGUCACGUUGCAAGGACCUGAAGAUAAUACUCUACUGUUUGAAUCAAGGUUUGAGAGUGGGAAUCUACAAAAAGCUGUCCGAGUAAAUACGUAUGAGUAUGAACUCACCUUGCGAACAGACCUCUACACAAAUAAACACACUCAGUGGUUCUAUUUCCAAGUUCAGAACACCAGAAAAGAUGUUGUCUAUCGUUUCACCAUUGUCAACCUACAUAAACCCAAGAGCCUUUAUGCCGUAGGAAUGAAGCCCCUCAUGUACUCUCAAGCAGAUGCUGAAACGCACAGAAUUGGCUGGAGGCGAGAAGGCAGUGAGAUCAAGUACUAUAAGAACCACAUGGAGGAGGGGCAGCCGUUCUACUGUCUCACAUGGACCGUGCAGUUUCCCCACGACCAGGACACUUGCUACUUUGCACACUUCUAUCCGUAUACAUACACUGACCUGCAGUGCUACCUCCUCUCAGUGGCCAACAACCCCAUCCAGUCCCAGUUCUGCAAACUCCGAACUCUCUGCAGGAGCCUCGCAGGAAACGCUGUCUACCUGCUCACCAUCACCAACCCGUCUCGGACUCCUCAGGAGGCAGCUGCCAAGAAGGCCGUGGUGCUGAGUGCUCGGGUGCACCCCGGGGAAAGCAACGGCUCUUGGGUCAUGAAUGGCUUCUUGGACUUCAUUCUGGGCAACUCCCCAGAUGCCCAGCUCCUCAGAGACAUCUUUAUCUUCAAAGUGAUACCCAUGUUGAAUCCAGAUGGAGUGAUUGUGGGGAAUUAUCGGUGUUCGCUGGCUGGAAGAGAUUUGAACAGGCAUUAUAAAACUGUGCUGAAGGAGUCCUUCCCUUGCAUUUGGUACACCAGGAGCAUGAUUAAGAGACUUCUGGAAGAAAGGGAAGUUACCUUGUAUUGUGAUUUCCAUGGCCACAGCCGUAAAAAUAACAUUUUCCUAUAUGGCUGCAAUAGCAACGAUCGAAAGUACUGGCUUCAUGAACGUGUCUUCCCUUUAAUGUUAAGCAAAAAUGCUCCUGAUAAGUUCUCUUUUCACAGUUGUAAUUUUAAGGUCCAAAAGUGCAAAGAGGGCACAGGACGGGUCGUGAUGUGGAGAAUGGGAAUCCUCAACAGCUACACCAUGGAGACCACGUUUGGCGGCUCCACCCUGGGCAAUAAAAAAGACACCCAUUUUACCACUGAGGAUCUCAAGUCUCUAGGUCAUCUUGUCUGUGACACCCUCCUGGAUUUAUGUGAUCCAGAUCAAACCAAGUUCACACAGUGUCUCUUAGAGCUUAGAAGCCUCUUACAACAGGAAAUCCACAAGAAGUUCCAUGAACUUGGACAAGAUAUGUUAGAAGGAAAUUGGAGUGACAUUUCUUUGUCUGACAUUGAAUCCAGCACCAGUGGAUCGGACAGUUCCCUCUCCGAUGGUCUUCCUGUUCACCAGCUGAACUCAGCAGAUGAGAUUCAGCAGAGGAAGGUGUCUAAGAAGAAGAAAAAGAAGUCACUGCCCACUAGAAAACAGCGAGAUGAGCGGUAUCAGAAAAAUGCCUCAAUGCGCAAGUUAAAGUUAACAGAAGAUGUGCCUGAAAAGGCAGAAUUUCCUUCUGCUCUGCCAAAACAGUCCACCUCUUUCAUAAAUCCAGGGCAUUCCACUGCUUCGACCAUGAAAAAUGAGAACUCAAGAUUGAAUAAGUCAUGGUUAAACCAGAGUGACAAAGCCAUCUCCCUGGAUUCAUCAAAAUCCUCUGCAUCGCUUCUGACUAAGAACAAAGAAAGAAUGCAGAAAGAGAAGUCACGACUGGCAUUAUCCUGCGCUCCAAAGAGAAGCACUGGCACCAGUCAAGAGCCCGCUCCAGUACCAAAGCCUCACUGGCCCCCGAGCAAAUACCUUCCACCAAAGAGAAACCGCAGCACCAUGGUGGAGUACCCAUCCUUGCAUAUAUACACUUACCCGUAGGGCCAUGGGCUAGAUGACACAAGUGUAGGAGAGGAGUAGUGGGCCUAGAAACGACCUCCACUGUGUGGUGUGUUCACUGAUGCACUGACCUCCCAGUGUGUGUUUCCACACAGUGUGUGUAUAUGCUCUCAAGAUGCAUACCUCAUGUAUUAAAUUAUUUUUUUUCAUGAAACAAAAUCUUAUUGUGCUGCCUAGAAAAGCUUCUUUAUCAGACACGGGGUAUGUGCUUAUGAAACUGCUGUAGAGAUAAGUUGUGCUUCUACGGCUGUCUACAGCAAAAUAUCUCUAGCAUGACUUGCUAAAGGUUUUAAAAGGUCAACCUCUGAACAUAGUCUGGG